GUGCUGUUGUUGCCUGGGACCUGCAACGUAGGAACAGGUUGUCAGCGAUAAAGACGAUAACACAAUUAAUUACCCAACUCCUCCCUCCUGAGUCUCGAGGCGCGAGUUCGAAAGUCGAGGCCCAGCCCCAGCCCCAGCCCAGUUCCGCCCAGUUGCCCACACACCACUGACCGCCUCAGUCUCGAUGGACUUCCUCAAGUCAGCUGUUGCUUCCGCCAUUGCCAAGGGCCCGCCCUUCCCCUACACCUUCGGCGACAAGGUAGACCUCGACCCCUCCAUCUGGACACUUUACAAUGGGACAAGGCGAGAAGAUGGCUCCAACUGCAGCAUCUUUUCCUUCGACAUCACCGCCAACAAGUCUGUGCUGCCGCUUGCUAAGAAUGCGGUGAAGAAGCUGCGUACCAUACGGCACCCUGGUGUCAUCAAGGUGUUGGAUACCGUAGAGACCGAUACCUAUAUCUACAUCGCAACUGAGCGUGUCGUCCCGCUGCGGUGGCACGUUAAACGAAAGAGCCUAAGCCCGGAGGCUACCAAAUGGGGCCUACACAGUAUAGCGAGCACCGUCAAAUUCAUAAAUGACGAGGCGUCAUCGAUCCAUGGCAACCUGAAAGUUGCCUCAGUCUAUACGUCUGAAAGCGGAGAGUGGAAGCUUGGCGGUUUUGAGGUUCUCAGCAACGUCAAGGAUGACGAUGCUGUUAUAUAUACUUAUGGCAGCUUGGUACCCGACUCCGGACGCUACACACCUCCCGAGCUAGCUCGGUCAGGCUGGGAUGCGAUAAAGAAGAACCCACACUCGGCAGUCGACUCCUUCGAUCUCGGGAUAUUGGUCUUUGAGGUUUUCAACGGCAGCUACGCCGGAGUUGACCAGGCGGGUCAAACAAAGGGAAUCCCUCCCAGCAUGCAUUCCAGCUAUAAACGGCUUGUCAAUGCAAACCCAAAAGCUCGACUCAGCGUUGGCCACUUUCUAGAACAGGGAAGGCGAAGUGGCGCCUUCUUCGACACUCCUCUCAUCAAAUUAACCGACGGCAUUGAUAACCUCGGCGUUAAAUCAGAUGAAGAGCGAGAGGCCUUCCUCGAGGACCUGGAACAACUCACCGAUGACUUCCCUGAGGAUUUCUUCAAGAUGAAGGUCUUGCCGGAGCUUCUCAAAGCCGUAGAGUUCGGGGGUGGGGGACCAAAAGCAUUCGGCCUGGUCAUGAAGAUUUCGGUAAAGCUCUCGAAUGAGGAUUUCGAGACCAAAGUCACACCUGUGGUCAUCCGGCUCUUCGGCAACCCGGAUCGCGCAAUAAGAGUGUGCCUUCUAGACAGCUUGCCUCUCAUGAUCGAUAGACUUCCACAGAAGGUGGUCAAUGACAAGGUCUUCCCGCAAAUGGUCACCGGGUUCACAGACGUAGCACCCGUGGUUCGAGAACAAACGCUGAAAUCAGUGCUCACGCUGAUAGCUAAACUCUCAGAUCGGACCAUCAACGGAGAGUUGCUGAAAUAUCUAGCCAGGACUGCCAACGACGAGCAGCCGGGAAUUCGAACAAACACGACCAUCUGUCUCGGCAAGAUCGCCAAGUACCUUGGGACCUCGAGUAGGGCGAAAGUCCUCAUUGCCGCUUUUACGAGAUCGCUCAGGGAUCCUUUCGUUCACGCCCGUAAUGCGGCGCUGUUGGCCCUGGCUGUGACUGGCGACUACUUCUCGGAGGAGGAUUGCGCAGGCCGUAUCCUUCCGUCAAUAUGCCCGUUGCUUAUCGACAAAGAAAAGUUGAUUCGUGACCAGGCUAGCAAGACCUUGGAUGUCUAUCUGCAAAAGGUAAGAAAAGCAACGGCAAGCAUGCCUGAUACCGUCCUACCGCCACAGAACCCAGCGGAGAACUCGGGCCCGAGGAUGGGCUCUCCCCAGCCGAAUGGAUCCUCAUCAUCAGCCUCGUGGGCCGGAUGGGCUAUUUCUUCCUUCACCAACAAGCUCUCCACUGCAGCGGGCGAGAUCGAACCGUCUGCAAACAGCACCAAGAAGCCGGUCCCGGCAUUGACCUCCUCCGCAUCGGCUCUCCACCGCCAAGCUCUGAAGUCACCUCCCCGCGAGGCCCCCUUAUCACGAUCAUCCUCGACCGGGAACGCAGCCGAGUCCUUCUUCCCGGAUCCCGACCCGGCCGCCGACGACGACGGCGACGCGUGGGGCGACAUGGACGAUGCCGACGACUUCUUCGACACCCCCGCCGACCCGGCGCAGUCACCGUCGUCCUCCACGGCGACCCUUCCCAAGCGCGACGCCGCCGCCGCCGGGGCGAGCAGCAGGGCCGUAAGUGGGGCCAGCUCAGCAGCGGCGGCAGCCUCGGCGACGCCGUUCGACGACGGCGCGGAGCCCGACUUCGCCGGCUGGCUGGCGGCGCAGGCGCAGAAGAAGGCCGGGCCCGGCGGCGGCGGGAGGCCGCUGCCCAAGGGCCUGACCAAGGCGGCGGGCCCCGGCGGCGGUAAGCCCGUCGCGGCAGCGAGCGCGGCCAAGAGGCCCGGGGCCUUGGGUGCGGGUACGGCUCGGGCGGCGACCGCGAGACCCGCGCCGAAGAAGAUCGACAUGAAGCCGAAGGAGACGGGCAACGACGACGAUGGCUGGGGGGAUGGCUGGUGACACGGUGGCGGGAGUGUGGAAGGAGAAAAAGACCAGGGGGGCGGCGAAAGUGCAUGCUUAGCACGGCGUUUUUUUGGGUUUCAAAGGGGCGGAUACAUCCAUAUUAACAGCCCUGAGAGUACGACUGGAUACUGGUAUCCCAUAGUCAUAAUUAUUAGCCUGCGUGAAAUGCAAGGCUCUACCAAAAAAACCAACUUGGGUCGUCCCACCGUGAAAAGUCAUCAAGGCCCUAAUCCAUGAAUUCGAGAGUAUAAUAAUACAAUUUACGGGGGAAGCCGGUUAGCCCCCGCCCUAUGCCCAGAAAC